AUGAGUGGCCUCAGCCUGGGCUGCUACUGGACCCACCUUCAUCUAUUUUACAUGUUCUUGCAGGCCUGGACCCGGGUGUUUGACCAAAUCUGCUUCUCCCUCAUGCUCUUCCAACUUGUGAUGGUCGGCAUCAUGGGCAUCAAGCAGAUGGUGGCGCCACCCCUGGUUGUCCUGCCUCUGCUCCCAUUGACGGCUUUCUUCUGGUGGUCCAGUCACAAGCUGUUCUGGAGACCGCAGAUGACGCUGGCAUUGGAAGAUGCGGGGCGGCUGGAUGAUCAGGACAGAGAGGCCGAUGAGGGUCGGGGCAGCCGGCGUGGCCCGGGCAAUGAUGUGGAGGCGCAGCAGACAGACGCUUCCCAGCGUUACCUUAGCCCGGCAUUCAAGCUGAGUGCUGCAGAGUUUGAGGCCUUUUUGCUGGAGGCUGACACCAUGCUGCAUUUCCUGGCCACCGGCGAGCAGAGCGAGGAACUAGAGGUGUUUGUUAUCCAAGCACGAGCCACAGCAACACAGGAGGCCGGCUACGAAUCUGCAGAAGAGGAGAUGGACUCAGUCCCUGCUUCGGGAGCGCCGCGAGCCAGCAGCAGCAGCAGCGGCGCUGCUGCAGGCCCCACUUCUGCGCCCAUGGGUGACCUGGAGAUGGGCACCAUGAAAGCAUAA